AAAUUAAACUUAAAACUCUUCGAUACUCGCCUUGAUUCUGUUCAUUUACGCCCAUAGUUAACUGCUUAGUAGUUAUACAUACCGUGCCCAGAACUUCUGGUUGCUGGAUAUUGUUACUUCUCGAGCAAACCAAAACUACCAUCUCCAUUCCCCCAACUAUGCCUUACUUGUACUUCAGGCGCCAAUCAGGUCAAAGAAUGGAGUCGUUCUUCUGGGAGAUGCCCAAAGAUGAUGUAGCUGCAGAGACAUCCAUUACUUCAGGUGAAAGCAGCUCUACUGCAGUCUCCAACGACGACCGUCAGACUUCACCUUUAGCAACAUUCAAAUCAAACUACGAAAAACUUCCUGAUUACCUCAAACGCUGCUUAGACUACUUUUCUAUGGUUACCAAGAGAUACUCAGAAGAGAAGGGCAAACUAAUUCGGCUUUUGUUGGCUGAAUGUCUAGUACCAGAAAAAGCAGGGGAAAUCAUGGAGGAUCUGGCAGAACAGAUUAUUUGGGAACUAAUUCACCUUGGAAUGCUUACUGAAGAUUUUCUUGGAGGCAGAUUAAAGUUAGAAGUUCCGUGCGAAUACAAGGAAUUAUGCCUUUUCGAAGUGGACGAACAAUACUUUGUUGCUAAAGCUCCGAAUUUUCCUAUAUGUGCAGUGAUCGAGGACGAUGGAAACAACAUCCUUCCUAAUUUCACAAACCUUCAAGUUCGAUCCCUGUUCGUGAUCACUGCUGAACGCCGUGGUUUGCAUUCUAGUUCUAUUAGUCCUACUCCAGGUCUUUCUCAGGCUUAUAUGCAAACUAUUUGCAGUUUGCAAUCUCUUCUGGUGUUGGAGAUCGAUGGCCACAUAGAGUACCUACCCGAUGAGGUGGCAGAUUUGGUUCGGCUCAGGUAUUUGGCGUUGUUUGACUCAAAUCUGAAUAAGCUUCCCCAGACUUUAGGUAAUCUUCAAAAGCUGCAAACUCUGGAUUUAAUGUGCGGAAACCUGCGUGAGCUGCCAAUAGAAGUUCUAACUAUUCAAAAUUUGAGGCACCUUCUAAUGUCCAGAAGCAUCAGAGUCCCAAAGGAGAUUGGAAAAUUGACCAAUCUUUAUACGUGCAGUGGCGUGUAUGCUGGAGGUGGCAUUGCUAGUGAAUUAAGUCGCUUAACCCAACUACGAGAACUUAGUGUUAAGCGUGUCAGCGAAGACCAUGCCAGCGAACUAUGUGCAGCCAUCAUGAAGAUGGAAAAUCUCCUCUCUGUGAAGCUAGAAGCGGAGAUUAACUGCUAUAGUAUUGAUCAAAUGUAUACAUUUCUUCCUGAAUUUGAACUAUUUUCCCCUCCAUCUCUUCUCCAAGAAGUUUAUUUAUGCGGUGUCCUAGUUGAAAUUCCCAUUUGGCUGUUCUCCAUGUCAAACCUCACCAGGUUAGAAUUGCACUUUUCUGAUCUGACAGAAACACCCACUACAGACAUACAGUUUCUUCCCAAUUUAAAACAUCUCACUCUAUGGCAAGCCUAUAAAGCAAAACUCCUUGGCAAGGAAUUUUGUCAAGCAGGUGGUUUCCCAGCGUUGCAAACUCUUACAAUUGAUUCCAUGUUUCUAGAGCACUGGACUGAGAUUGUUAAUGGAGCAUUUCCAAGCUUAAAGAGUCUCACUUUGCGCUGUACAAGGUUGAGGUUUCUUCCUGAAGGUUUACAGAACAUUUCUACACUUGAAGAACUCUUUUUGACUACUGUGCAUGGAGACCUUGCAAGGCGAUUAAAAAGUACAGAGAAUUACAAGAUCAAGCAUAUCUUGAAACUCGGAGCUUACUUUGAAGGUGGUAAGUUUAUUUAUGUGGGCAGUCCAGAAGAAGUGUUGCAACAUGCUUGACUCUCCCCUCCCUAGAAUUCU